AUGGUUUUGGAUGAUCUGCCUAACUUAAAGGAUACAUAUGCCUCCUUGUACUCCUCAGCUAUGGAAGACUUAGAGGUGGAUUUUGAUUCAGGACUGGAGGAAGAUGAACUAAAACAGGAGGCUGCUCCUGAGGAUUCCACGAUCUUUGUAGCUUUUAAAGGAAAUAUAGGUGACAGAGACUUUGAGCAGAAACUAGAUACCAUACUGGAGAAUGUGCCUGGCCUUUUACACAUGGAAUCCAACAAGUUAAAACUGCAGAAGAUCGAGCCUUGGAACAGCGUCCGUGUCACCUUCAAUAUUCCCCGGGAAGCUGCCGAGCGGCUGCGAAUUCUGGCUCAGAGUAAUAACCAACAGCUUCGUGACCUGGGAAUUCUCUCAGUUCAAAUUGAAGGGGAAGGUGCUAUCAAUUUAGCUUUAGCUCAGAACAGAAGCCAGGAUGUCCGAAUCAACGGGCCCCUGGGAGCAAGCAACUCGGUGCGAAUGGAAACGGGGUUUCCCAUGCAAGGGGGACAAGGUUUAAUAAGAAUGAGCAAUGCAGCAGCUGUCAUGAUGUCCCAGGGUGGAAAUGUGCCCUCCUCUAUGGUGGCAAGUGGUGCUAGUGCUGAGCUGCAGCCAAGAACACCUCGGCCUUCCUCACAGCCAGAUGCAAUGGACCCGCUCUUAUCUGGGCUAAAUAUCCAGCAGCAAAAUCAUCCAUCUGGAUCUUUAGCUCCCCAGCUCCAUUCAAUGCAGUCAGUUCCUGUAAACAGGCAGAUGAACUCAGCCAACUUUCAGCAGCUACAGCAGCAGACGCAGUUGCAGACACGUCCUCCCCAGCCACAUCAGCAGCCACAGCAGGGUAUUCGACCUUCAUUUACUUCACCAGCACAGGUUCCAGUUCCUCCUGGCUGGAACCAGCUUCCUUCUGGAGCGCUUCAGCCUCCUCCAACCCAGGGAGCAUUGGGUACAUUGACAGUAAACCAGGGUUGGAAAAAGACCCCGUUGCCUGGACAAAUGCAGCAGCAACUUCAAGCAAGACCAUCUCUAGCAACAGUACAAACUCCUACCCAUCCUCCACCUCCAUAUCCUUUUGGAAGCCAGCAAGCUUCCCAGGCUCACUCAAACUUUCCCCAAAUGAGCAAUCCUGGCCAGUUUACUGCUCCUCAAAUGAAAAGCCUUCAGGGAGGGCCCUCACGGGUUCCUACGCCACUACAGCAACCCCACCUGACCAACAAGUCUCCUGCUUCCUCUCCCUCCUCCUUCCAGCAGGGAUCUCCUGCCUCAUCUCCAACAGUUAACCAGUCACAGCAGCAGAUGGGACCAAGGCCUCCCCAGAGUAGCACGCUUCCCCAGGGAUUUCAGCAGCCUGUCAGUUCUCCUAGUCGUAAUCCUAUGGUGCAGCAGGGGAAUGUACCCCCAAACUUCAUGGUGAUGCAGCAGCAAAACCAAGCUCCACAAGGUUUACACCCUGGUUUAGGAGGUAAGAAAAACCUCUUUGGAAUGCCCAAGCGCCUCCCGCCGGGGUUCCCUGCAGGCCAGGCCAACCAGAACUUCCUGCAAGGUCAGGUGCCUUCCACAGCUCCAGCCCCAGCGGUGAACAGUGGCGCGCCACAGCUGCAGACCAGCCAAAAUGUGCAGCACACAGGUGGCCAAGGAUCUGGACCUCCUCAAAAUCAGAUGCAAGCACCACAUGGCCCACCAAAUAUGAUGCAGACCAAUCUAAUGGGACUUCAUGGAAAUAUGAACAACCAGCAGGCGGGUGCUAGUGGGGUGCCACAAGUCAACAUGGGCAACAUACAGGGACAGCCUCAGCAAGGACCACAGUCUCAGCUUAUGGGAAUGCACCAGCAAAUUGUGUCCUCUCAAGGACAGAUGGUAAACAUUCAGGCUCAGGGAUCGAUGAACCCUCAAAACCAGAUGAUACUUUCUCGAACUCAGCUCAUGCCGCAAGGCCAAAUGAUGGUGGCACCACAAAACCAAAAUCUUGGUCCUUCUCCCCAAAGGAUGACCCCACCCAAACAGAUGAUUCCCCAGCAGGGACAACAGAUGAUGUCUACACACAAUCAAAUGAUGGGACCUCAGGGCCAGGUCUUGUUACAGCAAAAUUCAAUGAUGGAACAGAUGAUGACCACUCAGAUGCAAGGAAAUAAACAACCUUUUAGUACUCAAAGCCAGUCCAAUGUUAUGACGGGGCCAGCUCAACUGAUGAGAGGACCAACCCCAAACAUGCAAGGAAACAUGGUGCAGUUCACUGGGCAGAUGAUGGCACAGCAAGGCCCCGUGAAUGGUAAUCCUUCUCAGGUUAUGGGAAUUCAAGGGCAGGUGUUAAGACCCACUGGACCUGGUCCUCAUAUAUCUCAGCAACUUGGGGAUACUGCUACUACCACAAAUAAUGAUGUGAACUUGACCCAGAUGUUACCUGACGUUCCUGUGCAGCAGCCAAACAUGGUGCCUUCUCAUAUGCAAGCAAUGCAAGGAAACAACAAUGCUUCAGGGAGUCAUUUCUCUGGCCAUGGGCUGCCUUUCAAUACGGGGUUUAGUGGAACGCCAAAUGGGAAUCAGAUUUCCUGUGGGCAGAAUCCUGUUUUUCCUGUCAAUAAAGAUGUUACUCUCACAAGUCCGCUCUUGGUUAACCUUCUGCAAAGUGAUAUAUCAGCAGGACACUUUGGCGUGAACAACAAACAAAAUAAUCAGAAUGCCAACAAGCCAAAGAAGAAGAAGCCUCCAAGGAAGAAGAAAAACAAUCAACAACUAGAUUCUUCAGAACCACGUCCAGCUGGCCUGGAGGAGAGUGAUCAGUCAUCGAUGUCUGGAGAUCAAGGAAUGAACUUGGAUAAUUCAGGACCCAAGCUUCCGGAUUUUGCAAGUAGGCCACCAGCAUCCUCUCAACCUUUAACACAGAAAAAAAGUUCAGUUGCAACAUCAGAAAGUACUGUUCAAAGAACAGAACUUGAAACAAAUGCUCCGGUAGUUGCUGGUCAAAGUAAUGAGACAAAAGAGAAUUGUGAAAAGUCUAAAACUCCAAAUAGAAGAAAUUCAAGAACAGAGGAUUCUGCCGCUCCACAGGAAACUGUAGAGAACGGACAGCGCAAGAGGUCCUCCCGACCAGCGUCUGCAUCCAGCACUGCAAAAGAAACGAGUGCCAGUGCAAUGCAGUCAAAAAGAAGAAAAUCCAAGUAAAUUACUGCAUGGAAACAUGAAACUUGUAAAUGAGUGUGAAUUUACCAAUAGCAAUUUUGAGCUGUGAUUUUUCUUUUUUAAAUAAAAUUCUGUACAGUAAAGUCCUUUUAAUAUUAUCCUGUUCCCAAGAAAUGAUUUUUUUUUUUCUAAAAAACAGAUAAAUAGAUAUAAAAACUCGGUUCUUCUAAAACCCCCUGGACUUACAAAGUGAAGCCCAGGGUUAGCACAUUAGGUUAAUGUGUUUGUAUGAAAUGGAAGGGGAGGGGAAGACAAUUGUAAAUUUAUUUGUUUCCACUUUUCAUAAAUUAGAAUACAGGGUUGUCAUUUUUAG